CCCGUCGGCCGGCCAACAAAUCGGCUGCUGUACGGGUGCUGCUCGGGCUGCCGCCGCUGCUGCUGCUACUGGGCCGCCGCUACUGCCGCUGGUGCUCCGUCGUACACAUGUCACCACCGCCGUGACCGACUCACGCGCACGUAAGCACAUUAUUCCGAACGGUGCACUCGCGACGCCCUAUACACGCGCGCACAAGCGGCGGUGGUUCCGCGGAGAGACGGCGACGGCGGUGAAAACAGCUACACCAUCGUGACGACGACCGCCACCACCACCACCACCCACCCAUUUCUACUUCCACGCCGCAACCGCCGCUACCACCGUGACCACCGUCAACACGGCGACCGUCAUCGGUGUGAUGGGUACCGCCGUCGACCGCGACCUCGGACAAACAUCACGCCGCAGAGUGGCCGGGCCCUGAUAUAACCGCGUGGCUCGAGAUACUAUGGAGUGAUGGCGAGGGAAGAAUCUCGAGGAAAAAGGCCAUUUAAAAUAUGGGAUGGUUUUAGAAACAUAAGGAAAAGCUUGUUGGCCUCCAGCUUAAAAGACUUAGAAAUACGUGGCAAAGAGAAACUGAAUAUCGCGCCGAACGAGUCCGUUAGAUUGGUACUCGAAACUGACGGUACACAAAUCGAAGAUCCCGAAUACUUCAAAACACUGCCAAACAAUACUACUGUGUUAUUGCUCAGGAAUGACGAGUACUGGUACCCAGCUGAAGUUGAUGCCAUUAAAACAGCGAUUGCCGCAAUCCCAAAAAUCGUCUGCGAAACGAUUCAUGCACUGGAAUUGCAAGACGAGACACCAUCGUGGAAAAUAAUGGACAACAAAGGUCGAGUCACCGUUGUGUUGCACUGGGACCAUCGCAAUCAAACCUAUCGCGGUACUAGCGGUAACAGCGGUGGCAUGGACACGUCGCCGUCCAAGAAGACGAUGGCGCACCAACAAAACGGCGUCGGUGGUCUGCUGAUGGAGAACAACAACGGUCCGCUAAAGAGGGAACCUGUCCAAGCGUUCCAACAACAGCAACAUUCCGUGCCGACCAUUUAUCGACACGGUACCACGCCUCAGAUCACGGUUAUCCACCACGAUGCCAUACCGCCAUCAAUGCACGAUGGUUCGAGUCAGCACUAUCAGCAGCUGCAGCAGCCGCAGGGGCGCCGGCUGUCCAAGCAGGGCAGCAGUUCCAUGGACGCGGCGGCCAUACACGUCCACACGUCCGAGUGCGCGCACUUCAUACCGCCGCCGCCGUCGCACCACUCGACCGGCAACGGCGGUGGCGUCGGCUCGUCGCGGUCAAACAGUCCGUCUCGCGGACCGUCAACCGCCGACCGGAUGAUGCCGCCGCCGCCGCUGCACAGCAUACCGAUGCAGCAGCAGUCGUCCGCCGCCGACCAUCACGGGUUCGAGUGCGACUUUCACUGUUGCGCGCUGCACGAGGAGGGCCGCCGGAUUGCCGUGCACAAGUCGGUGGCCACGUCGCCGAUACAGGAGUGCCACCACGCGCCGCCGCCGCCGCUACAGCAGCCGGUGCAGCAAACGCCGUCGUCCGUUGGCCAGCCCGCUUCGUCGUCGCUGUCGGACGGCACGCGCCGCGCGUCGCCCAAGGGCCACGUCCGAUUCCUGGACGCGGCCGGGUCGCCGCCGCUGCCUCCGCCACCGCUACUGCCGCCGUCGCCGCCCGCGUCGCCAGCGCGUCGCCAGCAACCGGCCCAGCCUCAGCCUCAGCCGCCGCCGCCCCAGCUGCAACACCGGUCCGACAGCUCCGAUUCCGAGACCGAGACCACCGUCAUCGAGGACGACUCUAUGACCAGCGAGAAGUUUCUGUUGCUCAUCGACCAACUGGUCGACAAGCAGGACAGGCACCUGACCGUCAAGGACAUCGGCAUCAUACUGGAGCGGCUCAACUCGAAAAUCGUGGACGUCGAGCGGUUGGACCGCGACUACGAGGCAACCGACUGCUACAACUGGACCAUCAAGGCGACCAUCAGGGGCGACGUUCUUCAGGAGUACGGCAUCAUAUACAACGGCAACUAUUACGGCAUAUCCGAACAUCCGGGGUACCGGCAGAACGACGAGGAGCUGCCCAACGAGGACGACGAGGAAGCGCUGGACGAGGACGAGGACGGCGGAGGCGCGUCUGCUGCGGCGGCAGGUGGCAGUGGAGCCGGUAGAGAAGACCGCCUGCACAGACGUCGCGCCGACGAAGAGGUUAACAUUUAAAUACUUUAUUAUAAUAUAAGCACACGUUGUUACACGCACACACACACACACACACACACACACACACACACACACACACACACCACACACACACACACACACAUAGGCGGCACUUGAUAACCAAUACAAACUAUAACAGGUGCAGAAAUCAAAAUAUAUUUUAAAUAUAAGAAUUUAAAUUAAUCAAACUGCCAUCGAUAAGAAUAAAUUGCAUUGAAAUGGUAAAAAUGUAUACUAACAGACAUAGUGAAUUUUUCUUUUGUGACCUCAGUACCUCAACUCUUGUUUUUCUGGUGGUGACAGGGGCAAAGGUAUCGUUUCUCAUUUUUAGGGGCUAUUAUUGAACCCUCACAUGCCUACUCAUGCAUGUCGUCUAUGCACACACACACAACACACACACAUACACACACGCACACACACACACACACACACACACACACACGGUGUAUACCUAGUAUGUGCGUAGUACAUUCACGGUUGUUGUUUGUUUGACCUCCACGAGGUUAAUGUUUUGAAAACCACGGGAAAAAUAUUGUAACAAAAAAUUAUUAUUUGUUUUUUUAUAGUUCCAAUCGACGUUUGACUAUUAUUAAUAUUUAUUAUAUUGUUAUUAUUAUUAUUAUUAUUAUUAUUAUUAUUAUUAUAAUUGUUAUUAUUCGUAAUACUCCCGUCGCCGAACCGGCCAUAAAUAGGUACUACGAUAAUCCAUAAUGCUACGUGAUGAUGAUAAUAAUGUUAUGUGUGCCUAAAUGGUGUAUAAUAUUAUUAUUAUUUUAUAAUAUUGUGCCUGUUGAGCUUCAAACAAAAUUUUCGUGUUACUUGUCGCGAGUCGGUUCGCCACCGCACCAUACCUUAGACACGCGAUGUCGCGGUUUCGUUUCAUGUGUAUCCGGUAAUAUGUUUUUUUUUUUUAUUACUAACCGCCAUCGUGACUGCCAACAUACAUAUUAUUAUACGUAUACACAUAAAAAUAAUACACAUACACACAUAUUAUAUAUUAUACAUUACACAUUUACCAAGUCAUAUAAGUUUUAUUUGUUAGGAAAAAAACAAGAAUAAAAACGUUUGGCUAAACGUCUAACCCGAGGUACUAUUUUCGAUACCGACAUACAGGCUGUCAGUGUCCUUUUUAAAAGACAGUUCAGCUUAGGGUUUUUCAUUUGUUUAGAUGAAACAUUAUAUAGAAGUAUUCCCAUAUUGCGUACUUCGCAUUUUAUAUAAAAAAUUAUCUUUUCCGACAUUUACGAACGAACUAAACGUCGUUAAUGCGUAUACCAUUAUUAUUAUUAUUAUUAAUAUUAUUGUUUAUAUUAUUAUUAUGAUGAUAAGUAUUUUUUUUAUUAUUAGUAUGUAUUAUUUUUAUGAUAAUUAUUAUUAUUACUAUUAAGGAUUAUUAUUAUUAUUAUUAUUAUUAAUAUUAAAUACAAUAUAUUACAAUAUAAUAUAAUUGUUAUUGCUGCGAUCUGUACAGAAGCCUUAUUUUUGAAAACAGAAGUUGUAUACUGUUUGUUAUUUUGUAUCCUUUCAAAAAAAAGGCUAUGCAGUUUUCCAAAUUUCACGUAACAAAAGUGAUAAAAAUUAGAUCAUUGUGUUCAAUAACCAAUUUGCAAUUUUAGUACCAUGAAAUUAGAAAGAUUAUUUUUAAUGUCAAAAACACCCUGUGUCUCAGGUUUGUUUUUCAUUUUUAAAUGGUGAUUUUGUCUGGGAAGAUGCAGAAUAUAAUUUUGAUUCCUAAAAGUAUUUUUAAUUGAUAAACGAUAAAAUGACAAGAUGAAAAUAGGAAUACCAAAAUAGUGAAACCAAAAUAGAUGAAUAAACUAUAAUAUAUAAAAUACGUAAAUAAUCGCGAUUUGUAUUAAAUAAUAAUUAUUAUUACUUUCGUAAGUCAUAGUCAUGAGUCAUGAUAUUGUUUCUAUAGGCUAAAAUAUGAGGUAAGUGAUGUGUUUACUUAAAGCUACGUUUUACUUAAGAACGAUAUUUAAAAUUGUAUUUUAUUUAUUUUUAUUUUUUAAGAUGUCAAAAUAUAAUAGUAGAUGGACAAAAAUAUCUAAAGAAUUUAUAAAAUAGAAGCAAACAUACCAUUCAACGUAAUUGUUGGAUUUUAUAUAAUUUUAACUGGAUUAUCUUGUGAACUUACUGUUUCGUUUGUUCAAUUCAUUCUUUUUAUUCGAAAUUUGUUAUCUCGGGUACAUUGGAAUGUUUGUCAGAAGAAUCUGUGUGUAAUUCAUUAGUUGUGUACACUUCUGUAUUAAUGCUCUAUAUUUACAAUUGUUCAGAAUAUUUGCAUUACGGUCUCUAUAUUUUCUAUGAUAAAUUCACAUCAUGCUUAAAAUUCUCCCUUAAAAAAAAAAAUUAAAUUUAUUUCUUGAAAAUAUUUGAGAGAGUAAAAAAUGUUAUUUAUGUACUAGUUAUUUAUAAAUUUACCAACGAACGUCAGUUAUGAAUGGUAUGUACAACUGUAAAAUAAAUAGGAAUAUAUUAUUUUUUAAUAAAAAUCACUAUUGUUUUGUUUUUCACUAAUUUAUUUCGCUGUUUUGGGUUUCAUUAUUUUGUCUAAAUGUUAAACUCUUUAAAAUUCUCAUUUAUUCGUUUAUGAUCAUUGUUCCCAUAUGCACAAUAGAUUUUAAAUAAUAUUAAAUACUUUAUGUAAAAUCUAAUUUUACCAUACUUUGUUAUACUAAAUUUAAAAAUAUUGUUUCUUAUGACUCAAAUAUGUCAACUAUUUUUGUCUACUCAUACGAAAAAAAUAAUAACAGUUAAAAAUAUUAAGUAAUUUAUUAUAUUUAUAGAAUACAUUGUAGGGAAAUAAUUUUAACAUGCAAUCCUUCCGCUCAAAUCACAAUUUAAAUUUAAAUAGUAUACAAUGUAAUCUUAUAGUUAUCCUCAUAUAGUUUAAUGAAACAAUUUUAAAUGGAAAAACAAAUUGAGAUCCAUGCUCAAUUCAAACAUGUUAUUUCAUUGAAAAAUAGCACGUUAUUUUUUGACAGUGAUACCGAUGUCUUCCUGAACUAAUAAUUAGGUAAUUUGACAUUCGUGGGCAGUUAUCUAUACGGAUUGGUGAACUGUAUAAAUUUGCUCGAAGAUACACUCUUCUAGCGUACAUUUAUGGCUUUGAACAACGUCCAUUAUAAAUUAUAUAAUGAUAUUGCGUUAUAGAUUAUGCAUUAUUCUGUGCAGAAUAAUCAAGAAGACCUAAAUAAUGCCAUGGCUCAAACAAAACUAUUUUUCAUUCCAAGUAAUAUUACCAUAAUCAAGAUGGUUCUCAUUUGCCUUGUAUUAUAAUAUCUACUUUAUCAAACUAGGAACUACAGUAAUAUUCAUAUAUACCUACAUAUUAUAAUCUGUUAUAGCUAAGAUAUAAAUUGGGAAAAAUGGUUAUAAUCAAGCAGUUUAAUAUUGUUUUUCGAGGUACCACCUAGACCUAAGUAGGUACUUACCAUAUUAAAACUCUAUAACUACAUACUAUAUUUUAGUAUGUUGAGCCCAAAAGGAUACCUAUUAACACGUGUAUAAAAUAUUAUUGUCAAUACAUAGAUAUUUUAUAGAUACAUUUAAUAGUUAUAUAAUGUCCUUUUUAACACUUUUAAAUUGUCCCACACUAAUGCCAAAUUAUUAUAAGUUCGAAUUGAUUUUUAUUUUUAUUUUUUUUUUAUUAUUAAAUAUACGAAUAUACCAUAAAUAAUUGAUUUUAAACUGAAAAUGUGAUGAACAAUUUUAAAAAUUAAGAUCCUUGUUAGAGUAAUUUUACUAAGUUACCAAAUUCUAAUACUAUAGUACUGAGGCCGGAUUUAGACUUAAUAAAGCCCUAAGCGGACUAAACUAUUUGAGAUAUGGGGCCCUUUAUAAGUACAGAUAUUAUAUGCAUAGACGGAAAUAGGCGGUCUUUGGGGAGGGCUCCCCCUCCAAACAAAAAAAUCAUUCAGAGCCCUCCUAGAUUUUUUUAUACAUUGUAUACGAUUUAUACCAUUAGGGAGGCUAAAUCAAACAAAUUAAUAUUUUAGCCCCCCACCCCCCAAAAAAAAAAAUUGUAUUUUAACUCCACCUAUAUGUCGGUGCCAAAUAUGAUUUUCGGGGAUAAUACAGAGGAAUAAACUUAAAUACUGUUAAGAAGUAUAUAGAUAAUUGAAAUAAUAAAUCUUUAACUUAAUAUUAUUUUUAUUUAUAACAAACUAAAAAAUAGUUACUACAUUAAAAUAAUAAUAUUCAAUUCACGAAAAUUUCUCCGUGUUUAUCCAUUUAGUGUCAAUAAUUUUUUUUUUUUUUUUGGUGUUUUCCGGGGCCCCAUAUUUAACGAUUAUAUAAUAUGUCAUAUAGAAUAUGACAAAUGCUCAUUUAAGCAAUUGUUUUGGGGUCUCAAGCUAUAGCUUGUGUAGCUUAUACGUAAAUCCGGCACUGAUAGUACUAUAAUAAUUUUCAUUCCAUUUUCUAUUCAAAAGCAAUCAAUGUAAAUAAUUUAAAAUACACAAGCAAUAAUUCAACUGAAUUCAUAAGCAUUGUACUUUCUUUGGAAAUUACACAGCAUUAACUAUGUGUACUUAAAAAUAAGUUACUUAAUCAUUUUUACUAAUAACUGUUAUUUGUUUUUAAAAAUCGGUAGUGUUUGAUUACAAUAAUUAGCCUUGCUUUAUAAUUAUACAACUAUAUCGUAGUAUAUCAAGUAUAUCGUAAUUCGGGAUGUAUGAUUAUAAAAUAGUCAUUUUAAUUAUUGUACCUCUUCACUCAUAUCUUUCAUACGUGUAUAAAAAUGUCAUUACCGCCUCUACAGUUUAAAAAAUUAAUUAAUUUUAUAUGUCUACCCCCAAUCUUAAUAAUCCAGUGAUUUUCUUUCCAUUUAAUUUUAAACUUUUAAUCUUAUUUUUUAUUGCAAUCAUAAAAUUUUAUCUUGAAGAUUUCAAUAUUUAUUUUCUUAUCCUUUAAUAACAUAAUUUGUCACGAACGUAUUCUACAACUUGUUCUUAAACACAUUUUAUCGAAAACCUGUCAUAAUGUUGAAUUUAAUUAAUAGGUAGUCUGUAUAUGGGUAGACCUCAAUUCUGACGCCACUUCUUUUUGGAAAAUUUGAGUAAUUAACUCGAGGCUUUAGUCAACUUCAGUUAUAUUCUAUACACAUUAAACAUGCUAUGAAACAUAACAACGCCAUUGGCGUGACGGUCACAAGCAUUAUAUGUCAAACAUACCUACUAACAAAAACAGUAAAUGGAUUUUAUGUAGAUAUACGAACAAUAAUUGUGUAAAAAUAUAUCAACAAUAAUCUAUUAUAAUAUAAAUAUAAAGAUGGUAAACGGAUAAAUACGAAAAAUAUAAACAUCAAAAUAUGUUUUAAUAUCGACGAAUAGUCUACAAUAUUCAAAUUGUAUCGAUAUUAAAAAAGAAAAAACUGUAGAAUCUUAUAUUUUUGGUUUGAGCAAAAAUUUCCAAGUUCAUAUGUCAUUUACAACAUUUUCAAUGGAAUUUACAAGCAAGAGGUUUGUAAUUACUUAUACGUGAUCUAAGUUUGAACAAUAUCUCUUUGAGCAAUGUAACUAUUAUUACAGAAAGGUCUAAAUUUACUUUAAACUUGUUAUCAUCGCAGUUACCAAUAAAUUAAUUUUAUUUAGUCAGUUUUAGGAUUAUAAUUUUUAUAAUGAUUACAGUGAAUAUAAAUAUAAAAUAGAUUAGAUUUUGCUAAUAUUGUAUACCUAAUGUUUAAUACUAUUAUAUAUUAUAUAAUUUUGUUGAAAAAAAAAUGUUGUACCUAACGUUAAAUUAAAUUAUUAUAAUCUAAAGACUAAGGUAAUAAUUGUUUAGCGAACUUUGUUUUAAAAUAUUAUUAAGUUAUUUAAAUAUAAUUGUUAAUAGUUAUAGCAGUGGUUAUAUACAUAUUGUACAUAGUUCCGUGACCAAGAUUUUUUUUUUUGAAAAGGGCUUCAAUAUUCAAUGGCCAGAAAAAAAAUGUUUAUUCAAUUCACUAUUUGAAAAAGUUAAUGGUCCUCUGCCAUUAGGGGGAGAGGUGGGCUUAAGCCUGUUUUAGCCUCCUCUUGGCUGCGGCACUGUGUAUAGUAUUAAGUGAUAGGCAUAAACGAAAUGUUUAAUGUAUGUACUUCUAAUUAUCCAGCUCAUAAAUUCACUAUACAUUAUACUUGUGAAACAAUAGGUAUAUGUAUACAGUGAUUUGGUUGGUUCGUCGAUUAUAUGCACAAUGCGCUACACUGCCUAUUUAUAUGUUGUUUUAUACGACAGGAAUUUGUUGUUAUAUUUCAUUUAAUUAUUGUAUGUACAGCAGUAUACAUAUAUAACAAUAUUAUACAUAUUAUAUAAUAUUAUAUAAUGCAUAUGUAUAAUGUAUAUAAUAUAAGAAUAUAAUAUUAUAUUAUAUAGAUAUAUGAUUCCAUUAUUAUAUAAUACAUUAAUUUUAUUAUAAUAUUAAAAUAUAAAAAGAAUCAGUUAUACGGCAGACUAUUAUACAUUAAAAAGUGUACACUUAUAAUAUAUUAUAAUAUUAUAGUUUGAUGUAAUUUACAAAUACCACUCUAGUACUUUCCUAUGCGAUGAACAAAUGUACGGGCAAUCUGUUUUAGAUUUUGUUGUUGAUAAAAUAUAAGAACAAACAUUUUUGCUUGAUAAAUAAAAUACGUAAUUAAAGCUCA